UCUGAUCCAACUUUAUCUCUUUCACUCUUCUCAAAGCUCCACCGGAUAAUUCACUACCACCCCAAGACCCACCACAGGCCGCCAAUUCCUCCCUCGCAAUGCCGCUCUUCAAAGUGCCAUUCAACGGCUACUCCGUUAAAUUCAGCCCCUUCUACGAAAACCGUCUCGCCGUUGCUACUGCUCAGAAUUUCGGGAUCCUCGGUAACGGCCGUGUCCACGUCCUCUCACUUCCUCCUUCCCCUUCCCUUCCCCUUUCUGAACUCGUCGCUUUCGACACUGCCGACGGCGUCUACGACCUCGCCUGGUCCGAAUCCCACGAUUCUCUCUUAGUCGCCGCUGUCGCUGACGGCUCCGUUAAGCUUUUCGACACGGCUCUUCCCCCAACCCAGAAUCCUCUCCGCUCCCUUCAAGAACACACCCGCGAAGUCCACUCCGUUGAUUACAAUCCCACUCGUCGUGACUCCUUCAUCACUUCCUCUUGGGAUGAUACAAUCAAGCUCUGGACACUCGACCGUCCCGCUAGCAUCCGAACAUUCAAAGAACACGCAUAUUGCGUCUACUCCGCCGCCUGGAAUCCUAGACACACCGACGUCUUCGCUUCCACUUCCGGAGAUUGUACAGUCAGAAUCUGGGAUGUCCGAGAGCCGGGUUCAACGAUGAUAAUUCCUGGGCACGAUUUCGAAAUUUUGAGUUGUGAUUGGAACAAGUAUGACGAUUGUUGUAUAGCAACGGCGUCGGUUGAUAAGAGCAUUAGAGUGUGGGACGUAAGGAGCUACAGGGCGCCAAUUGCUGUGUUAAAUGGGCAUGGAUACGCAGUUAGGAAGGUGAAGUUUUCGCCGCACCAUAGGAAUUUGAUGGUGUCUUGCUCUUACGAUAUGGCAGUAUGUAUGUGGGAUUUUAUGGCGGAGGAUGCAUUGGUUGGAAGGUAUGAUCACCAUACAGAAUUCGCAGUUGGGGUGGAUUUGAGUGUGCUUGUUGAGGGAUUGUUGGCUAGCACUGGUUGGGAUGAAUUGGUUUACGUUUGGCAGCAUGGGCAAGACCCAAGAGCACCAUGACAGGGAAGUUUUUUCUACUUAUUCUUCUUUCAUUAGUUGCUGGUUGCUCUGAAAGUUGAAUUUUUUUAUAGAAGAAAAGCAUUUGAAUGUUGCUUUCUGGGAUAAUUAUCUCUGUUUCGUGUUGCUGGUAUCAUUUCUAAUAAAGCAAAAUGGUAUGAAACUUUUAUACCUAAGUUUUGAAUA